AACACAGAAAAAAAAAAGAAAAAGUGAGAAAAAGAGAGAGAAAAAUUAUACCACACAAAUACACAAUCAUAAUAAUACGUAUGCUUGUACAAAGAAUUUAAUAGUUUUAUAUUCAUGUAUAUGUAUUUAUUGUAAUACACUUGAAUAAUACCGUGGACAUUGCACUGCCACAGCCAGACUCCUCAACGGAAGCUUUUUUUCGCGCGGAGUGGUUACUAAAUUAUAUUUAUUAUUAAAUAAUUAUAUUAGAAAUUAAUUAGAAAAUUUACAUUUGGAGUGAUUCAAUUAAUUUAUUAUUAUACUGUGAUUAAUAAAUACAUUGUUGUUCAUUUUUAUGUUAUUGAGCAAUCAAAAUUAUUGUUGAUAUUUUCAUUGUAAAAUAUACAUAAUAAUAAUAAUAGUAAUAGUAUAAUUAUAUUAUAAAAAAAACUAAAAAAAAAUAGUGAAAAAUGCCGCCCAAGAAGAGAGACAAAGAGUUAGAUGGACAAAAAUUACCGCGAAUUGAUCCAGUUCAAGCUGAUCAUGAGUUAUUUCUUCAAGCAUUUGAAAAACCCACUCAAAUUUAUCGUUUUUUGAGGACGAGAAAUCAGAUGUCGCCAAUAUUUCUCAAUAGAAAUCUUUCAUACAUGAGAGAACGUAUGUCUAGGAGUCACAAAUCACGACGAGGUUUUCGUAUUGAUACACUUUUGGAUAUAAUAAUGGCAAAAAAUAAUAUUAAUAAAACCCCAAGUGUUCAAGGUUACAUGACACUAACAUUUUUAGGUUUUUACGAUAAGAAAAUUGAAGGCUGUCAAGAUCCAGUUAAAGUUGAAACAUUAUUGCUUAAAAUAUGUCAUAAAAAAAGAAAAGAUGUUAGUUCACCAAUAAUGCAAGUGUCAGUUGGUACAAGUGAAGUACCAAUAAAUCCAUCUGAAAAUCAACCACCACCAAAAGCACCAACAGUAUCAAUUCCAAAUGAAUCAUUCAGUUUAAAUAAUGGACAUCUUGCAAAGACAUAUAUGUUACUUUUACGAGUUCAUUGUAUGACAAAUAACAAUAAUAGUUGUAAUAAUAAUAAUUGUGAAUUAGAAACAGAACCAGCACAAAAGAAACGUAAAUUAUCAACAGGAAGUUAUAAAAAUGGUAAUGAAGAAGUUAAAUUAUAUGGCUCUGAAUUGACUGUUUAUGAUAAACAUAAUCGUUGUUUAUUAUCUGAUGGUGAUUAUGAGCUUGGAUUACAAGAAGUACAAGCUAAUGUAAGAUCAAGUCCAAAAAAACAUAGUUCAUGGGAAUCAGUACCUGAAAUAACUGAAUGUAAACCAUUUGAAGUAUUUAGUAGUUAUCCAAAAUUAAAAUUCCGACUUAAUUGGACAACUGAACCAAGCAAUGGUCUUGUUGAUAGACCAACACUCAUUCAACCAUUACCUAAUAAUGACAAUAAAGAAAAUCGUCCAGGCAAUAGUGAACUGGAACGUUUAUCAACAAAUAAUAAUAAUAAUAGUAACAAUAACAACACAAAUAAUAGCAAUAAUAAUAAUAAUUCUACAAUGUCAAAUUCUAGUCCUUUAUUAUUAACAAGAAUGCCAUCAAAUAAUAGUGUUGAAAAAAUUGAUACAACUGGUACACAACAACAACAAAUUGUUUAUCAAUUUUUAUAUAAUAAUAAUAGUCGUCAACAAACUGAAGCAUGUGAAGAUUUACAUUGUCCAUGGUGUUCAUUAGAUUGUGGAAAACUAUAUUCAUUAUUAAAACAUUUAAAAUUAUGUCAUUCACGUUUUACAUUUACAUAUGUACCAAUAGCACAAGGUGCACGUAUUGAUGUUGCUAUUAAUGAAUGUUAUGAUGGUUCAUAUGCUGGUAGUCCACAUGAAUUAAUAUCACAACCAUCUGGUGUUACAAAUUCAAAAACAGGACCAACACGUAGAACAAGUGUUACAAAUAUUGUUGUUUGUCAUCCAAAAAGACCAAAACCAAGUUUAUCAGAAUUUUUGGAACUUGAUGAAAAUGAAUUUGAAAGCCAAAGACCAUAUAUUACUGGUCACAAUAGACUUUAUCAUCAUACUGUAACAUGUUUACCAAUAUAUCCAAAAGAAAUGGAUGUUGAUUCAGAAGGUGAAAAUGAUCCAAGAUGGUUACAAACUAAAACAAUGAUGAUGAUUGAUGAUUUUACUGAUGUCAAUGAAGGUGAAAAAGAAUUAAUGAAAAUGUGGAAUUUACAUGUUAUGAAACAUGGCUAUGUUGGUGAUUGUCAAAUACCAAUAGCAUGUCAUAUGUUUUUAGAAAAAAAAGGUAAAGAAUUAUUAAUGAAAAAUUUAUAUCGUAAUUUUGUAUUACACAUGUCAAGUUUAUUUGAUUUUGGCUUGAUAAGUCCAGUUGCACUUUAUCAAAUAUUACAAAAAUUACAAGAUAUUAUGAAAAUUGGUGGUGAAGAUAAUGAUGUACGUAAAGUACUACAAAAAUCACAUGAAUUACAAGUUGAACAUUGGGUUAAAACAGGUGUACAUCAAACAAGUGAUAAUGUUAAAAUAAAUAAUACAUGUGCUAAGACAAAUUUUAAUAAUGAAAUAUUAAAAACAAAUGCAAGAAGAAAGACAACAAUAACAAUUGGCUCACCACCACCAUCAUCGUCAUCAUCAUCAUCAACAAUAUCAUCAUCAUUAUCAUCUUCAUCAUCAUCAACAACAACAAAUGCUGUUAAAAAUAUAAAUAAUAAUAUAAAUAAACAUAUAUCAAUUAAUUCAACAAAAAAUACAAAUAAUUUUACAACUGUUCAAAAUACACAAAAAACAAAUAUUAGUAAUGGUAAUGUUACUAUUAAAAAAAAUGAUGAAAUUUGUAUUAAAAUUGAAGACACACAAAAGGCAUUUGGCAAUGAUGCUCCAGCAAGACGUAAAAGUACAAAUACAGUGUCACAAAAUUGUGAUAAUAAUUCAGCACCAUUGAGAAGAAAAUCAAUGGCUAAUGAUAAUAAUUCCAGUAAUGAAUUUCACAAAAGAAAACUUGUACUUGAUAUUGUACCAGCUGGUAAUGUUGUUAAUCCAAAAUUAUCACAAAAUAACGAUCAUUAGAUAUUCCUUUUUUUCUUUAUUCAAAAUUAUAUAUAUAUUAUUAAUUAUUAUCAUUAUUAUUUUUUGAUAAUUAUUCAUAUUGUUUUUUCUUUUUUUUUUUGUUUUUUUCAUUUUCAAUUUUACCAUGAAAAUGAAAAUAUCAAAGUGUGUAACUUUUAUAAUUAUUAUUAUAUUUUACUUGGUACAUUCUUUAAAAAAAUUACAUUAAUUUUCAUUUUUUUUUUGUUCUUUUUGUACAGUAUUUUUUUAAACUCAAUUUUCAUAUCUUUUCCAAUAAAUUGAUGUUUGUUUUUAUAUUAUUCUCAAGUAAAAAAGUUUAUUUAGGUUUGUUUAAAAGAAAAAAAAAGUUACUAAAAUUUUGACAUAUCAAUUUGUUUUUUUUAUUGCAGAAUUAAAAAUCUCAUGAAAUUUUUGUUUAAAAAAAAUUGGUCUUUUUGCUUUAGCUGUUAAGUAAUUUGUUUAUAAUUUUUUUUUUAUCUAAUUUUUAUUAUUAUAAAUAAUAUUAGUAAAUAUUUAAUAAUUUUUCUAGACAACAAUUUUUCACAGUCAAUUUAACCAAAAAAUAAUAAACAAUUAAAAUUUUUGUUGAAAUUUUUUUCUUUUAACUGAUUUAAAUUGUGAAUAACAAUUAAUUUUUCAAAUUUUUUCAUUCAUGAAUUAUAAUAUAAUAAUAAAUAAUAAUGAUCCAUUCUCAUACAAUUUUUUUCAUUAUUGUUUAUACUUUUUUUUUUUUUCAACAUUCAGAUGAAUAAUUAAAUAUUGUGAAUAAUAAAUUUUUAUUCACUGAAUUUUCAAUUAUUAUUAUUUGAAAUUAUCAAUGUAAUGUGACUGUAAAUAAGUAGUUUGAGGAUGAAAAUUAAAAUCAUUAAAGUUUUAUGAAAAAAAUUA